UAGUUUAUUCGUCUGUUAUUUCUACAAGAAGCAUAUAUGAGUAAACAUGUAUUUAUAUAUUAUAACUGAGUAUAAUUCAUGCAUUUCCCAGAGUGAUACAAACACAUAACAACAACAUCCUGAUAAAUCAUCUAGUUAUUGAUAACAAAACCCUGCUGUAUUAAUACUGUCAAACAAGUCAUAAUCUGUGAGGAAAAUAUAACAAAAUCAAGUAUAGUAAAUUUGUGCAUGUGUGAGGAGAUGAUAAGUAAAGGAAGGACACUGUGUCUUGAAUUUCUUAAUUAGGAGGAUUCGAAAAUAGAAAUUGCUUAUCAUCACGAUUACAACAAUAGUUAUUAAUUGUGAGAACAAUUUAGUUCACCUGACAACUUAAUGGCUAUUACAAAUAUAUAAUUACUUAUUUUGAUUAUACUUCAGCAUUUAUUUUUUCCAACUUAACAACAUAUAAUUGAAUUAAUUCCUUGUGGUGUACAUUUCCUGAAAGCAAACUUCAUCGAUACGAAUGCAUUCUGUGUAAUGACACAAACGUAUUGCUAAAUAGAGAGUGACUUCCAGCCCCGUCACCGUGUCGGGCUGGAAUAAACAAAUAACAUGAAUACAAAUACAGAUAAAAAUCCACCAUUGUGUUGUGCUAUAGAAAGAGAAAUACUUUGUAUAUAUGGAAUACAGAGUAACAUUCCGACCCCGCCAGCAUGGAAAACAAAAUAACAGAAAUAAGACGAUAGUACAUGCAGAUAUUCACAACACAUACAGUAUCAUAUUACAAACAAUGCUGAUAUUUUCACUUUCGAACAAUUAUCUACUGCGCCAUCAUGGUUUAUGAUAUAGCCUACUGCGCCAUCAUGGUUUAUGAUAUAGCCUACUGCGACAUCAUGGUUUAUGAUAUAGUCUACUGUGUCAUCAUGGUUUAUGAUAUAGCCUACUGCGACAUCAUGGUUUAUGAUAUAGCCUACUGCAUCAUAGUUUAUGAUAUAGCCUACUGCAACAUCAUAGUUUAUGAUAUAGCCUACUGCAUCAUAGUUUAUGAUAUAGCCUACGACAUCAUGGUUUAUAAUAUAGCCAACUGCAUCAUAGUUUAUGAUAUAGCCUACUGCAUCAUAGUUUUUGAUAUAGCCUACUGCAUCAUAGUUUAUGAUAUAGCCUACUGCAACAUCAUAGUUUAUGAUAUAGCCUACUGCAUCAUAGUUUAUGAUAUAGCCUACUGCAACAUCAUGGUUUAUGAUAUAGCCUACUGCAUCAUAGUUUAUGAUAUAGCCUACUGCAUCAUAGUUUAUGAUAUAGCCUACGACAUCAUGGUUUAUGAUAUAGCCAACUGUAUCAUAGUUUAUGAUAUAGCCAACUGUAUCAUAGUUUAUGAUAUAGCCUACGACAUCAUGGUUUAUGAUAUAGCCUACGACAUCAUGGUUUAUGAUAUAGCUAACUGCAUCAUAGUUUAUGAUAUAGCCUACUGCAUCAUAGCUUAUGAUAUAGCCUACUGCAACAUCAUAAUUUAUGAUAUAGCCUACUACGACAUCAUAAUCUAUGAUAUAGCCUACUACGACAUCAUAAUCUAUGAUAUAGCCUACUACGACAUCAUAAACUAUGAUUAG